AAAGUUCUCUGUCACAAAUGAACUCCUCGAACAAAUCAAGUCAGGACACUCUUGACGACUGCAAUGUUGAAAGCUUAUCCUUGGAACGUUUCAUGGCUUUGGCUUUUCUGGUCCCCUCAAUCUUUUCCAACUUUUCAGCUUGUGUUAUCAGACUCUACAGGAACUCUGUUCCAUUUGCCAAACUGAACAUCAUCUUUAUCAUCAACUACUUCAUUGUGGAGAUGUUCAAUUUCCUUAUCUCUUUAUGGAGUUUGACCAAAUGAUGGAACUAGAACCAGAGCAAACUGCAAAGCAACUGAUUCUGGCAACCCAGAUUAUCUACAUACCCAUCACCAUCAUCAACACAGUUGUAGAUCUCAAAACAGGGUUUAUUCCUGGCUAUCUUGGGUACCUAACUGGGGCACAACCAUCCUCUGGAAAUCCUAUUGGCUUGUAUCUAAAUGCUGCCAAUAUCAUUCUUGCACUUCUUGCCACAGUAUUUGCAUAUACCUUUAACACUCUGUAUCUGAAGAACAAGCAUGGUCUGAUAAUCCCUCAUGAAAUCAGUACUCCUCAGCAGAAUCUGAUCAGCCUGAAGAAACUGAUUUUUGGAACGCUAGUGAUGACACUGCUUGUAAUAGUAUUCAUUGUAAUCCAUUCCCUCAUCUCUCCAUGGAACAGACAAGUAUCCCUGCCCUUGGCUACCCUCUACAUCAUAGCAAGUGUUCAGCUCAUGCUUUCCAAAAAUGAGAAUGCAUUGAACCACUUCAAGCAAGUUCUGAGAAUUAAAAGAGAUAAUCUAGAAUUUUCAUCUUUUAAUUUAAGGCAAAUGUUUGGAAGAAAUAACAGGGUUUCUGCAAUUGCUUAAAGAGACUGUCCGAAAAAUUUCAGUCUCGCUUACAUGCUAAGAUGGCAAUGGCCAAUUUAAAAGGGUACCAUUGAAACCUUUAUCUUAUCAAUAAUGUGGAUUAAAUUGUCAGUUUUUUUUAAACUUUGAAAUUGUUUAUUUCAAACAGUUAUAUGCUUUAUAUUUUUCCCUGCACAGUAGAAUUGCGAAAAUCACAUUUGUAAAGAACCCACAUUUGAAAAUAAUCUGUUUUCAAAGUUGAUUUCUAAUCAAUGCUUGAUCAGACAAAGCUGUUAAGGGUACCAA